UGUUGCCCCCCAAAGAGGAUCCCUGUGGGCCCAGGGGGGUGUUGCCCCUCCCCGAAGAGGCCGGGUGGGGGGUCCCAGGGGUGCCGUGCCCACGGUGUGUGUGUGUGCCCACCCCAGAUCUGCCAGAGCCUGUUCCUGCGGGGGCUGUCGCUGGUGGGGUGGUACCACAGCCACCCCUUCGGGCCGGCGCUGCCCUCGCUGCACGACAUCGACGCGCAGAUGGAUUAUCAGCUCAAGCUGCAGGGCAGCGGCAACGGCUUCCAGCCCUGCCUGGGGCUCAUCUGCGGGCCCUAUUUCCAGGGCAACCCCGGCGUGGAGUCCAGGAUCGCUCCCUUCUGGGUGAUGCCACCGCCCGAGCAACGCCCCAACGACUACGGCAUCCCCAUGGAGGUGGAGGUGACCUACAUCCAGGACGGGUUCCUCACCAACGACGUGGUGCAGGAGAUGACGCUGCUGGUGGAGUUUUACAAGGGGGCCCCUGACCUGGUGAAGUUCCAGGAGAACUGGAGUCAGGAGCAGACCUACCUGGACAAGCUGAAGGGCUCCCUGGCCUCCCGCACCCCCAAGGAGCAGAGCUUUGCCCCCGUCCUGGAGCAGAUCUACGGCCUCCUCCGGAUCAGUGGCUGAGGGCCCCGGAGCCCCCUCGACUCGGACCUGGAGCUCCCCUGGCCUCAGGGGCUUCACCCACCCCCGAGGGGCAGCCCCCAGAGCCCCCCCGGGGGGGUCAGAGCCCCCCUGGGCUCCCGCCCUGCCCCCCAGGGGGGUUGGGGGUGUUGGACACUGGGCAGACGAUGCUUGGUGGGACAGGGAGUGGAUUAAAGAGCAGCUCAGAGUCGUGGCCCCGGUGCGGCUCCGCUGGCUCGGGGACAUCCCGUCCUGGUGUCCUGAUGGGAU